AUGGCGAAAAAGACCUUUGCUGACAAGGACAAGAAUAAUCAGAACGAUGACCCAGCUGAGAAUAACGAAGACGAGGAGCCGAAUUUUAGUGACCCCGAGGAUUUUGUUGAUGAUAUUGCUGAUGAAGAUCUACUGCCGGAUAUUCUAGCGCAAAAACCAUCGGAGACUGACGGCGUUGAGUCGGUGAUUGUCGUCGACGGCACGCCCCAAGUUGAGCCUGAGCUAAACUUAUUCACCGACUUCAAGAAAUACGAGCAAAUCCCAGAAGAGUGGGAGCCUCCGACCCCGCAACCUUACAGCGCAGCCCACGACUUGCACUACUAUCUCCUCGAACCCGACGCGUAUGACCAGUUCGGAGUUCUCUGCGGCAACGGAGCCGGAGUGUCAGUCCAAAUUUGGCUGAACUCAGCUCCAGAGCCAACCCUGAUAGAAGAGCGUGCUCGCUGGACCGAGACUUAUUUCAAAUGGUCUCCACUAGGAACUUACCUGUCAACCUUCCACAAGCCAGGAGUUGCUCUUUGGGGAGGUCCUAAAUUCGAGCAACAAGCUCGAUUCAGCCAGAGCGGAGUCGAGUGUAUCGACUACUCUCCUUGCGAGCGCUACCUAGUGUCUUACACUCCACGAAUGGACGGUGGUCCUGACCAAAAGCGUCUCGUCAUUUGGGACAUCCUCACUGGUCACGAAAAGCGUUCGUUUUUCCCCGACGGGUCCUCAGUGUGGCCGAUUUUCCGCUGGUCUCAUGACGACAAGUACCUAGCUUGUAUGGGCGAAGACAUCCUGAGUGUCUACGAGACACCUUCUUUUGGACUUCUUGAUAAGAAGAGUAUCAAAACUCCCGGAAUCCGGGACUUUAGCUGGUCUCCGACUGACAACGUUCUUGCUUAUUGGGUCCCGGAGGACAAAGAUGUCCCAGCUAGGGUGACUUUGUUGGAGAUACCCAGCCGCAAUGAGAUAAGAAAUAAAAAUCUGUUCAAUGUCGCGGACUGCAAGAUCUUCUGGCAAAAAUCUGGAGACUAUUUGUGUGUCAAAGUCGACCGGUUUGCUAAAAAGAAGGAAAAAACUGAGCAAAAGUACACCGGAAUGUCGUACAACUUUGAGAUCUUCCACAUGAGAGAGAAGCAAAUUCCCGUAGACAGUGUCGAGAUGAAAGAGCCGAUUCACGCUUUUGCUUGGGAACCAGUUGGUAGCAAAUUCGCGAUUAUUCAUGGAGAAAUUCCUAGCGUUAAUGUCAGCUUCUACGAAGUAAGUUACGGACACCAGCCGGCUUUGCUGAAGAAAUUGGAGAAGAAAGCAUGCAACCACUUGUUCUGGUCACCUGCUGGGCAGUUCAUUGUCUUGGCCGGGUUAACCACUAUGGCUGGCGCUUUGGAGUUCAUUGACACCAAUGAUUUCACUAUCAUGAACUCGACAGACCACUAUCAAACUUCGGACGUCGAGUGGGACCCCACUGGCCGGUUUGUUGUCACUGCUGUGUCCAACUGGAAGACCAACGUUGACAAUGGCUACUGGAUCUGGACCUUCCAGGGGCGGAUUUUGAAGCGUGUUAAUUUGAAUGCGUUUAAUCAGUUACUUUGGAGGCCUCGUCCGCCAACUCUGUUGACUCCUGAGCAGAUCAAGGAGAUCAAGAAGAAUUUGAAGAAAUACUCCGCUCAGUUCGAGAGCAAGGAUAGAAUGCGGCUCACCAAAGCUUCUAAGGAGCAGAUUGAGAAACGCUGCGCUUUGAUGAAGGCCUUUAAUGAGUACCGCGAGAAGAGGAUUGAGGAGUGGAAUAGUCAGAAGAAGCGACGCAUGGAGUUGAGAUAUAAUAUUGAUACUGAUAAUCUGGAUUCAGAUACUAAAAAUGUUGAAGAGGAAGUUGUGGAAUUUUUUGUCAAGGAGGAAAUUAUUCCUAUUGACGACAAGUAA